AUGGUGAAAGGAUUUAUUAGUCAGGAACAGAUCGACAAUGCCCCUGUUCUUAAACCAAGUUUAAGACUUAAAGAAGGUAUGAUCAUUAUGAAAGAUUGCCAUAUGACUUUUAGCGUUCCUGAAAUUGCGGAAAUGAACAUGUCUACAGUAUUCGAAUCAAGAUAUACUCCCGAGCAAAUGCUAAAUUACAUGAAAUAUUACGGAUGUUCUAUGCAAAUCGAGGAUGUUGUAUUCGCAAUUUAUCUAUCGCAAGAAGAGUCAAUAAAAGAGGAGCUUAAACCUUAUGUUGAACAAAUGAUUAGGAACGACACUUGUGGAUUAACUGACUUGAAAUACUUGAUUACUGAUAUAGGUCCAUCGGUAUAUAGAGAUUUUCAGUUUUCUAGACUUAUGCAUACAAGAUUUGUCAAGGUAUUCACCUGGUUGCAAGAAUGGGGAAUCGUUAAGCCAGGAAUUUUGAAAGUUCCUGCACCAGUUCUUGCAACCCCAAAUCCAGAACACGUUGAAUUUGCCUAUAGAGUGACCGAGAUAUUGCUGAAAUUAAAGAAAUAUAAUAAAAAGCUUGGAAAUAAGCAGGGCAUGAAAAUAUCGGAUUAUAUGCGGGAGAAUUUUGUAUGUAAUCAUAAUAAGAAGAAUAACAUUGACGAAAUUACAAACAGAAUGAAUAUUUUAUCUCUAAUCAAUGAAGAAAAACUAGUGUUGUCAAAAAAACGAUUCAGAUCCUUGCAGCACUAUUUAAACCACAGUUUUGACCCCAAAUUCACAAGACGAGCUUCGUACACGCUAUUGCAAAUAGAGGAAUAUAUGUUGGCUGCAAGUGACAUGUCUACUUCGGAUGCAUUGAAUAAAACGACAGAUCCCCUCCUCUAUGGUAUAUAUACCUUGCGAAGAAUUAGAAAUAACCAACGGAAAGUGGUAGGUGUUGGGUUUCCAGGCAAUUUUAUUAAUAAGGAAAAGUUAACACUUUCAGAGAAUCAAAGGCUCGUGCCACAGAACUAUCCGUUGGUUUUAACACAAUUCGAAUUAAAGCUAUUGCAAAUUAUAUUUCGAUCACCUUUCGAAAGAUAUAGUAACUUAUUUUCUAGUGCUAUCGUACCCGGAUUUUCUGUUGAGAAUAAAAUUGAAAAGAAUUAUUGGACCUACGUUAAUAAAAUUUGCUUAUUAUUAGCUGAAUAUGUUUCUAUUUAUGGGGACGGUGAUUUUUUCAAUUUAAUAUGUCACUUUAGGAAACAAAAAUACCCAGAAAAAUUCAAGCAUAAUCAGAUCGAGAGAAGCUUUAACCCUGUUACUAAGUUAGAUGCUGGGAGAGGGCCGACUUCAGUUUACAACAAUUUAUUGAAUGCACUUACAGGACUAAAAUAUGCAUUAGCUACUGCUGGUGAACCUGAGAUAGAUGCAAGGUUUGGAAGGAACAGAGCGUUUUUAGCUAUCGAUAUUAUGAAAUCAUUCUCACAAUUUGAAAAUGAUGCUUUUGAAGGAGGAAGAAUUCCAGGGUGGGUUAAUUUGAUGUCUGAACGGAAACUCAUAGAUAAUUUUCCGUUUUUGAAUGUGUAUGUUGGCAAAGAAAGCUAUUUAUAA